AUGGCCGUCGUCAUCACAUCUGACGAGGCCGCUCACUUUGCGCCUGGGAUGCGGCGCUCACACUCACAGCCCAAGUUCUCUACAAAACAGACUGGGUUUCGACAGUCGGCGUCCGCCUCCAGGAUCAGCGACGUCUACCAGCAGCAGCAACGCCAGCAGCAGCAGCAGUCUCAACAAACACAGCACAUAUCACAACCCCCACAGUCUCAAUCACAGGCACGCCAAUCCUCGCCCGAACCAUAUCAACAGAUACCCGUUUUCUCCGAUUCGUCAAAUUCCUCGAGCACGUCGUCUCCCCGCGCCUCUCCUACUGGCGAUGCUGCUAUCGCUUCGUCAUCACCAUCCAAGCUCCUCGUGCCAGCUAUGCGCUUGCCACAACGCCUUGGCCGCCCGGGCUACGGCUCAUCACCAAACGGAACUGACGACGGCACAGAUGCCGACGUGGCCAUCGACUAUCCACAUUACGAUGGAGUGAGCUACUUCAACCCGACCAAAGAUUUUGAUUCACCAAGUCCCAGCGGUAUUGGCGAGGUGUAUGCCGCAUCGCCGAACGACAACACAACCGUCUCGUCCACAGGCCCGUCAAGAACGAACUCGUCCGACCAGUUCGAUCUGUUUGAGCAUGUGGCCGGGGACGACACGGCCGUUCGCGCGAUGCCGUCUCGCCAUGUCGACUACCUUUCACAUAACUGGAAGGAGGAAGACAUUUGGGAGUCGUGGAAGUAUAUCGUCUCGCGCAGAGGCGACUACAGCAACUCGGCACGGCUAGAGAACGCUUCAUGGAGAACAUGGAUAAAGUCCAAGAACAAGCUGAAGACCGUUUCUCCUGAAACGCUCAACUGGUAA